AUGAAAAAGCAGUUUCUUCUGUUUCACCACCUGCCUCCCCCUUGUGGGUACUGGCAAGCUGCGGCGGGUGUGCUACGCCGCUCUCUGGCGGCGUACUACCCAAGCGCGUUCGAAGCCAGUCGCACAAGCGAACACAGGAGAGACGAGGGAGAAGGGACGAGCGACAAGAGAGACAGAGAAACGGCAACGCGUUUAUCGGGCGCGAGCGACAGGCUACCCGCGUCCUCUGUGCAGCGAGACCGGGGCCUGAGUCCUCAAGAGCUCGCCCAGCUCCUCGUAGAUCUUCAGGUGGAAAUGCGCCUCCGGCAGACGAUGGCCCCAAAAAACGCUACUUCGAAAGACGAAAACAAACCGAGCGAAGGCGAGACUGCGCGGCCGCCCCCUUCGUUGCCCUUUUUCAAACCACAGUUUUACAGCAAGGUCGAGGGCCUCUUUAGGCGCCUCCCUCCUGCAGUUCUUGAACCCUUCCUCUCUCUCGCUCUUCCGCGAAUGAUGCUUUUGUCGCUAGAAGCCCCGCGCAUCUUCCCCUCUUCUUCACUGCCCCCUUCGGCUUCUUUCAGUUGCUCGAUUCAACGUGAUCUCCCGUUGCUCAGUCUGGCGACCAGUGAGGAGGCUUGCCGCGCUUCUUCACUCUUCUCUCUGGAAGACGGCGAAGAAGAAAGCGAGAAAAGAGAGUGCAGAGGGAGCCGACAACCAGCAGCGGUAGAAUUGACGGCCGGCGAGGGCUUGGCACUGCUCUCUCUCGCUUUUUUCUCGCUUCUUCCUCCCCCCAACCUGCAGCCGAUGCGUCAGCUGCCUGACCCAAACUUCAUGUCUCUCUUCGAACACGCUGGUAACGAUCAGCUGAACAAGCUUCACUGCUACGUGAGGUAUUUCAUUGCCAUGACAACUGCCGUAGCCAAGUACCACGACGUCUGCCGCGCGAACGGUCUUCCCCUCUAUCUUCUCGCGCCGCCUCAUCUUCUGUCCCGCGCCUCAGCACCGUUCCCUGACUUCGCUGACCGCCUCUCCCGGCUCCUCACUGAGGAAGUCUCGAAGUUCUCCGCAGCAGUGAAGGAGAGAAAUCGCGGCGAAGAGAGGAAGGAAGACGGGCGCUGCGAGAGCGAGCUCGACACCGCGCAAGGCCCUUCUUCUUCGCUUCUCUUUCUGCCGGCUCCGAGUUCUGUCUGUUCUUCUGUCUGCGGUCAACAGCGGCAAGGCCCGUUCUUUCUCCGGAUGCCAUGCUGCGCGGUUCUGAGGUCGCUUCGUCUCUCUCGGACGUGCGCCUCUCUGGCGCCUCUCUCGCCGUCGUCUCCCCAACGCCCGGCUUCCUCUGAGUCCGGCUUAUACUCGGAGGCAACCGCGCUCGGAGACACCCGAGGGCACUCUCCCGCGGACGCUCCGGCGAAGCGCAGACGCGUGGCAGCAGCGGAGACAGGCGCGGAGGAUACACCCGCCCAGACGACUGAGGAACUCGACUUUCUGUCGCUUCCCCUCACGCCGCCGCAGUGCGUGGCGGUGACCAUCGAUAGCUUAGCAGAGAGGGAGACGCCCCUUCUCCCGCUCCAAGAACUCCGCGAGAAGGCCGAAGCAGAGAAAGGAAUCGACAGCGCAGUCGAUCUCGAACUGAUGGCUGACUUUGCGAAUCAGUGGAUCGGCGGAGGCGCUCUCUACAGAGGGUGUGUGCAGGAGGAAAUCUUUUUCGCGACGCACCCCGAGCUUCUGCUGCUCCGUCUGUUCCAACAGCGACUGGCCGUCAACGAAAGCUGCGCGAUGAGCGGGGCCAUGAAGUUCUCCCGGCACUCCGGCUACGCGGAGAGUUUCACCUGCUUGCUCAAUUCGCAUGCGCCCUCGAGUGCCGCACGCGGACCGGCGGUCCUCCAAACGCAAAACUCAGAAUCUGCUUUGGAUGCCCGAAUCCCCCAGCCCGAUUGGCCAUGGCGAGUCUCUGUCGCCGCGUCUCACUCUGGCGGGGGACAGUGCGCGGAGGAGCGAAGCGGGAGAGAGAGGGAGUCGGCGCUGGACGCAGACGCGGAGAUUCAGGGCGUCGAGGACGUCGACGCCCGUCCCUUGCUGGUCUUUCUUAAGCCGUGGGAGGCCGCCGAGACUCCAGACCGCGCGGCUGAGAACACAGCAAACGAACGAGAAAAUGCUGGAGACAAGGGAGAGCGUCGCGAAUCCGAAGGCGGAGAGAAGGCCUCCGACAGAGGCGACAUCGACGGGCGCAGGCGGAGAGUGCGAAGUCGCCUUUCGGGGGGUGUCGUAGGCUUGGAAGUUUGCGCUACGCUGACAGCUCUUGACGCUCAGAGGUACGCGGGCGUGGCCGGUGCUUGUGGCGGCGAGGCGCUGAUGCCAGGUCGACAAUUCGAGGCCCCCCAAAUGCUGCGCGAAGUGAACAAAGUCGUUGCCGCGCUCUCCUUGUCCUCUGCGGAAGACGACAAGUAUGCAGCGUAUCUCCAGUGGAAGGCUUCACGCCUCGAGGCGGACCAAGCCCUCGACGGCGCGGCCGUGUCCCCGUCGGAAGGCCCAAAGAGGCCGUUCGCCACAGGCAACUGGGGCUGUGGGGUGUUCAAGGGCGAUCCUCAGUUAAAGUUUCUUUUGCAGUGGCUCGGCGCGAGUCUCGCAGGCAGGCGCCUGAUCUACCACGCCCACGGCCGCCCCGAGUUGAUAGGGCGAACGCGCGCUCCGCAUGCGGCCUUUCCAGAAAGUCGCGGCAGAGAGAAGGCGGGAUCGGCGCCGCAGAAAGAGAGACACGAUUUCCCCGACGCGCUCGAAGACGCGCAGUGCCCCAUUCUCCUCAAGUCCCUCGUCGCGCUUCUGCUGCGCAAGCAGUGGACAGUCGGAAGGCUGUGGCGAGCGCUCGUCAAGGGGUCGGUCGCUGGCAACGCCCUAAGCAAGGAAAGCCCGUUCACCUACAUUGGCAGACUUGCUCUCGACGAAGCCCACACAACAGCUUCGAGUCUCCCCUCUGCCGAUUCCCCGUCGUCUGCUUCCUAG